AGGCUCCUCAGGACUGGUCAGAUCAUGCCCUGUGGUGGGAACAGAGGAAGUGCUGGCUGCUCAAAACUCACUGGACUUUGGACAAGUAUGGAAUUCAGGCUGAUGCUGACCUGCGCUACACCCCCCAGCACAAACCGCUGCUGCUGCAGCUCCCCAACAUGAAGACCAUCAGGAUGACCGUCUGCUUCUCCAGCGUGGUCUUCAAGGCAGUGUCAGAAAUCUGCAGGGUUCUCAACAUCAGAAGAUCAGAGGAGUUGUCUUUGCUGAAGCCUCCAGAUGAUCCCUCCAAAAAGAAAAAGAAGAAAGAGAAGAAUUCGCCUCAGGAAGACAUCUGGGACAUAUGGGAUUCACUUAAUGGGGGGCCAGGAGGAACAGGUUCCAUGUAUGGUAAGACCAUGACAGCAACCUAUGACCCAGAGAAUGGGAUGCCGAUGUCUGCCACCAGCAUUUGGUUUGGAGAAAACCCUUUAGCUGAGUGUCAGCCGAACCUGCCUCCCGCCGAUCUCGCCAAGAUAUACCAGCCACUGUCCCUUGUGGACAAAGCAAUCAACAGUGCAGGGUGGCUGGACUCGUCAUGUUCUCUCAUGGAACAAGACAUUCAAGAUGAUGACAAACUGCUGCUUCGCUUCAAGUACAACGUCUUCUUUGAUCUCAACCCCAAAUAUGACGGGGUAAGAAUAACACAGCUCUACGAACAGGCGCGGUGGGCCAUCCUGCUGGAGGAGAUAGACUGCACGGACGAGGAAAUGCUGAUGUUUGCUUCGCUGCAGUAUCACAUUUGCAAACUGACCAUGUCGAGUGAGCCGCUGGACCACUCCAACGAACAAGAAAUCGAUGAAGUGGAGGCUGCCCUGUCUAACCUGGAGGUGACUCUUGAAGUCGGGCACACAGACAGACUUCUGGAAGACAUUACAGACAUUCCAGAGCUGGCUGAUCAUCUCAGGCUGUUUAGGCCCAAAAGACUGAGUCUGCGGUCAUACAAAGAGUACUGGUUUGUGUUCAAGGAUACCACCAUCUCUUACUACAAGAACAAGGAGGCCUCCAGCGGAGAGCCAAUCGAGCAGUUUCAUCUGCGAGGCUGUGAGGUGGUUCCUGAUGUCAACGUCACAGACAAGAAGUUUGGCAUCAAGCUCCUGCUCCCGGUUGCCGACGGGAUGAAUGAAGUCUACAUCCGAUGUGACAAUGAAACACAGUACGCCAAGUGGAAAGCUGCGUGUAUUCUCGCCUCCAAAGGCAAAACAAUGGCGUACAGCUCCUAUAAGACAGAAGUGAGGAACAUCCUUGCCUUUUUGCAAAUGAAAAGCCUGGCGCCACCUCCUGGGCAGGCAGCUCCGGACCUUGAUGCCAUGGAAAUGAAUGCUGAAUGUUUCGUUUCCCCUCGUUACGCCAAAAAGCAAAAGACUAAGCAGCUGACAACUCGAAUCCUGGAGGCCCAUCAUAACAUAGCCCAGCUGUCGCUAACGGAGGCCAAGAUGCGCUUUAUCCAAGCCUGGCAGUCCCUUCCAGAGUUUGGAAUCAACUACUACAUCGUCAGAUUCAGAGGAAGCAAAAAGGAUGAAAUUCUAGGGAUUUCAUAUAACCGGAUGAUUCGUAUUGACAUGUCUUCUGGCUUGCCCGUCACCACAUGGAGGUUCGCCAACAUGAAGCAGUGGAACGUCAACUGGGAAAUAAGACAAGUGACGAUAGAAUUUGACCAGAAUGUGACAAUAGCCUUCUGCACGGUGAGCUGCGACUGCAAGGUGGUCCAUGAGUUCAUCGGUGGUUACAUCUUCCUCUCUACACGAUCCAAAGACCAGAAUGAGACAUUAGAUGAAGAACUGUUCCAUAAACUCACAGGAGGCCAAGAAUGAUCGAAGAAAUAUAAAUCAGCCCAUCUUGUGCUGUAUUUUGUGUUAAUUUUCAUAGAGUGAAAGUAAAUCUUUCAGGUGUCUCACUGACAGAUACAAGUAACACCUUUUUGCUCACAGAACAAUAUCAGAUUGUCUUUACGUCAGCAUUACAUUAAUCCCAAGGCUGCAGGUUUGAGUCCAGGUUGCUUCAGGAAAUUGCCAAAUUUUUCAUGUGUGUGUUUGCUGUGUCUGCGCCUGCAGAGGGAAGCAGCCAGAAGAACAACUUUAAACUGCCAUUACAUAUGAAAAUACACAUAUGCUAUUGUAAAUAUUUGUAGGUAUGGUUGGUUUGUCAAAUUUAAGAUGAACUAAUAUUU